AUGGCGUCAGGUUUUCGUAGUGCUGCUUGGGAUCCCUUUUUGAUAAUCAGUCAGAUAAUAUUUAUGCAGUGUGUUUUCUAUAUCUCUGCUGGUUUGGUUUCCGGGAUUUUAUUACUAAUCUUCUCAGGAGAUCUACCAACAUUAGAUAUGCUUUUUAUGGAUUCAAAAGUACACUUUCCAGAUCCUGUCGGAAUUUGUCUAUUCACCGGUUUCCUAUUGACGCCUUUAGUUUGCAGUGUCGGUCUAUGGCGUCUGAUAAAGCGAAGUAAACAGUGUCUUGAUUUCUCUUGUACAAUUCAUUUUUGGCAUUUUAUUUUUUGUGUUGCUUAUUCGCAUACAUUUCCACGUUCUGUACUUUGGUGGAUUGUUAAUCUGGUCUCUAUUGGUAUUAUGACCGUUAUGGGUGAAUUUCUGUGUAUGCGAACAGAAAUGGCGGCGAUUCCUUUGGCGUCUACGUUUUCCAGUUAG